AUGUCUAACAAAGAGCAAAGUAGCGGCAACACCGCCUUCGAGAAUCCUAAGACACUCGACUCCUCUGGGGGGGAAUUUAUAUGCGAAAACAACGACCAGAGUCGCCAUUCGCAAGAGUCCCUGUGCAAAAUAUAUACCGCGGGCAAAAACAACGAGUACAUUUACAUUGGUCGUCAAAAAUUUUUAAGGGAUGAUUUAGUAGAGGCAUUCGGUGGUACUUUGAAUCCCGGUUUGGCCCCUGCGCCAGUCCAUAAAUUUGCCAAUCCUGCUCCCCUGGGUCUUUCCGGCUUCGCGCUCACCACGUUCGUGCUUUCCAUGUUCAAUGCAAGAGCUCAGGGCAUUACCACCCCUAACGUCGUUGUAGGGUGUGCCAUGUUUUACGGCGGCCUUGUGCAAUUGAUUGCUGGUAUUUGGGAGAUUGCUUUGGAAAACACUUUCGGUGGCACUGCCCUGUGUUCCUUUGGCGGUUUUUGGUUAAGUUUUGGUGCUAUUUAUAUCCCUUGGUUUGGUAUCCUCGACGCAUACAAGGAUAAAGAAUCCGAUCUCGGAAAUGCGCUAGGUUUUUACCUCCUGGGAUGGGCGCUCUUUACUUUUGGCCUUUCCGUCUGCACCAUGAAGUCAACCGUAAUGUUUUUUGCCCUAUUCUUCCUCUUAGCUGUCACUUUUUUACUUUUAUCCGUUGCGAACUUCACAGGGAAAGUCGGGGUCACCAGAGCCGGUGGUGUCCUUGGUGUCAUAGUCGCCUUCAUCGCCUGGUAUAAUGCUUACGCAGGUAUCGCCACAAGGCAAAACUCAUACGUGAUGGUUCAUCCUUUCGCCUUACCUAGUAACGAUAAAGUUUUUUUCUAG